UUGCCUGGAAUCGAAGACGUUGUGACGUGCAAUCAGUGUAACUUUCAAAUAGAUGUAAAAGAUUUUGCAGGUUUUGAAGUAAAGACGAGCAUAGAAUUUAACAAGAGGGAAGCUUCACAGAGUGCCGGGCUUACAGCUGAUGACUUUGCUGGUCCAGUUGUAGAUAAGAACUGCGCUAAAUGUGGUAAUGAGGGCAUGACCUUCAGUACCAGGCAAACAAGAUCUGCAGACGAAGGACAGACUGUAUUCUAUGGUUGCCCCAAGUGCGGUUACCAGGAACAGGAAUAUUCUUAGAGGGAAUCAGAACAUCAAAUACAAACAACUGAUAAAAACAACAAAAAGACAAGAAUAAACAAUUGAAAUUGCUAGGAAAUAAUCAAUAGACAAUACAAAGCCGAGCCACUUCAAAAUGUUUUAUCUUAUUGGCUUGGGUCUUGGAGAUGUGAAGGAUAUCACAGUGAAGGGGCUUGAGAUUGUGAGAGGAUGCUCCCGUGUAUAUUUGGAGGCAUACACCUCUAUAUUGACUGUUGGGAAGGAGGCUUUGGAAGAGUUUUAUGGGAGGACAAUCAUUCUGGCUGAUAGAGAUCUUGUGGAACAAGGCUCUGGGGAUCCAUUUGGUGCAACCACCCACUCUGAUCUUGUCUUGCGUUCUGUUGAAAAGGGGAUUGGUUACAGAGUGAUACACAAUGCUUCGAUUAUGAAUGCAGUAGGCUGUUGUGGGCUACAGUUGUACAAUUUUGGUGAGACUGUCUCAAUCGUGUUCUGGACUGACACAUGGCGACCGGAUAGCUA